AUAUAUGGGCGCCGGCAUUUCGGGACACCUCACUUAUCCGGCCGACGACGACGACGGUACGAUUGUGUCCAACUGCUGUCUCUCCACGCCGAACAUUUUAUUAUUAUAGUCCACAUUACACACACUCAUACACCACCGCCGUUUGAUAUAAUAUAAUAAUAACAUUAUUAUAUUAUAUACAUCGCAUAAUAAUAUAUACCCGCACCAUAUAUUAUUAUAUAGGCGGCUUUCAACCGCGGCGGUUCGAAUUCACACGUCACACGACAGCAUACAUUGAUCGUUGAAAUCUGCACCUGUCGAUUAUUCCAUCAUCUGCCGUGCGCAAUACCAUAUUUUUCCAAUAUUAUAUUAUAAUAUACGUAUAUUUCACUUUUCACCCGGCAUCCCCAAACAGUACUCAUCGACGAGAUGGCCAGCUCCAGCACUAUGAUCGUCGCCGUCGCCUCAGCGCUAUGCGUACACACCAUAUUGGCCUACCCGACUUCGAUUGAACGCGUUUCCGGAGACAACAAUUACUUGCCUCUUCGAAACUCUCCGUCGAGGGAUUUGGAUCGCUUCAUCGACACGUUUUGCGUCGACGGCAACCAAUGCAAUCUACCGAGUGGUAUGAUGGCCGCCGCGGCGUGGAAUAGUCUUGACCGAUUGGACGGUGGCCACACCAUGGCGGCCAAACGGAGUCUGGACCGGUUGAACGGUGGACACGUCAUGGUGGCCAGACGUAGCAGCCUAGACCGGUUGAACGGCGGCCACGUCAUGGUGGCCAGACGUAGCAGCCUGGACCGGUUGAACGGCGGCCACGUCAUGGUGGCCAGACGUAGCAGCCUGGACCGGUUGAACGGCGGUCACGUCAUGGUGGCCAAACGUAGCCAACCGGAACGGUUCAACGAUGGUCUCACCGUGGUCACAGGAGGUCCGUUACCCGUCCGUGGACAGCUGCAAUCGGUUCCUCAACAACUGCAACAGCAGCCCUCCAAGUAUCCUCAGACACUAACCCGGUGGUCCAAAGCCGACGUGCAGUCCUUCAACAACGACCGCGACGAUUACUACUCGAAAGACGGCGAUGACUACUACAUGAAAGAUUACGAUGGUGAUGAUUGUCUAGGCUGUGGUUCGUCGGCAAAGGCUGCGUCCUUUUAAUUGCUGUCACCCUCUCUCGUCGUCGUCCUCGCACAUAACAACACGUCAUGAUCAAACAGUAUUUUUCACAGGGUAUUGCACCCGAAUUAACCAAAACCCGUAACACACCUAGAAAUCAUUAAAAAAAAAAAAAACUUGUUAUAACUUGAAUGAUUUUUUGUCCAAAACACCCAAAUUGACCCAAAACCCGAAUAAGACAUUCCAGUUAACCAUGCAAAAGCCGAAAAUUUCAUUUAUUUCACAAAUUUUAAUAAUAAUAUAAAAUAAAUAAUAACUGAAUAGUUGUAUUCUGGAUGCCAGCGCCCGAAACCUGAAUAAUUGAUUCGGGUGCAACACCCUGAUAUUUAAUAAUUAAUAUCAUAGCUAUAUAUAGGUAGGUACAAAACUAUAUUAACCUAUACUGUAAUGGGCACGACGGCAGCGAUCGAAAACAUAAUAUUAUCAUGCGAUAGAAAUUUUGGUAUUAAAAUAUAUUAAACUAUUACUGCAGUGAUUCAAUGCUGCACAAAAUAAUAAAAAAAUUCAUGUGUUUA